GUUCCGUUGGUUGCUACGGUGACUGAUAAAAAUUUAGAAUUUUGCCCCAGAAAUGUGUUUAGCAAUAAGAUGAUUUCAAUGUCCAGCAUGUGUUUCCUGUAUUGCCCCGGCUGGGUAAUGUUACUAUGCGUUUCACAUAUUAUACAUCUAGUAAAUUAUUCGGUCCGCAGGAUAUUAGUCAUUUCGUGUAAUUUACUGUUAUUGGUUAAUUUUCAUAGUUUUGUAAGUUAUCCGGAACCAAGUAUUUGUUUCCGCGUUGCAGUCAGGGUGGAUUUUAUUGUUGCACGCAAACCUUUGGAACGCAUCGUACCGGUAUCCGGAAGCUCUGUGGCUGUCACAGGUGUCAGGAUGGCUUCUGGGCUGUUACCGCGGUCUCUGGUCCGUGUUGUGAACGAGUUAUUGAAGAAACGGAGAUACCGGGCUGCCCUAGCAGUGAUCAAGGGCUUCCGCAACGGGGCAGUGUAUGGCGCAAAAAUCCGGGCCCCGCAUGCGUUGGUGAUGACAUUCCUCUUUAAAAGUGGAAGUUUUCAAGAGAAGUUGAAAGCCGUUCUUCAGGCAACUUUCACGCAUUCCCGGAACCUGGCGUACUUUGUGUUUACCUAUAAAGGACUGCUGGCCGCGCAGGAGAAACUUCAUGGCAGCAAAUGGCAAUUCCAUUCCUUCCUGGCAGCGUGCGUUGGCGGUUGGCUGGUGUUUGGUGAAAAUAAUCACAUUAACAGCCAGAUCAACAUGUACUUGCUGUCAAGAGUCCUCUUCGGUCUGUCCCGGCUGGCGGUGGAGAGAGGUUACAUCCCUGAACCCAAGCACGACGCGUUCCCUCUGUUCUCGGCCGUUGUUUGGGGCUUGGUGCUCUGGCUGUUUGAGUAUCACAGACACACUCUCCAGCCAUCUCUUCAGUCUUCUAUGACGUACCUGUACGAUGACAGCAAUAUCUGGCAUGACAUCUCGGACUUCUUAAUAUACAACAAGCCCAAACCCACCAAAUAACCGACCUCACUUUUAUGGCAAGGGUAGCCAGUGUUGGGUUCAUCGGUAGAUGUCCGGCUCAUCCUCAGAGGAUGCAUGUUGUCUAUCAGCAACUACUGGUGGGGCCACGCGUUUGAAACUCACAAUCAUUUACAGUUCCUUCCACCAUUCUUUUAGUUUGAGACGGUUAUCUGGCUUUGGUGUAUGCGACAUCCAUGCGGCUUCCAUGUAUUUUGGAACCAAUUGCAUAUCGACUAGACCUUCUUAGCCCUUCCGGCCAAAUGCAUCUCCUGCAAGUCAGAAUCUGGGUACAUACGAUGGCUCGAGUCUCCAAGCUGAACGGAGUAAGUCGAGGGUUUUCCCUCCCCGUCAUCUUACCGUAGUCCCUA